AUGAACGAUCAAAAUUGGAAAAGUUUGUCCAACGAGUUGAGACGUAGGGCUCAGCAAGCUCGUCAAUCAGGAGGAGGAAAGAACCCCAAAAGUCCAUUGGGAAUCUUUGGCGGAAUCGGUGGCCUUUUGGUUUUGGGUGGAGUUGCUAUGUUUGCCCAAAACGCCUUGUUCAACGUAGAUGGUGGUCAGCGUGCCAUAUUGUACUCAAGAAUUGGGGGAGUCCAACAAAAGAUAUAUCCAGAAGGUACUCACUUUAUUGUUCCUUGGUUGCAAAGACCCAUCAUUUAUGACAUUAGAGCCAAACCAAAGGAAAUUGCCUCAUUAACGGGUACUAAGGAUUUACAGAUGGUGAAUAUAACAUGCAGAGUCUUGUACAAGCCAGAUAUUUGGGAAUUGCCGACAAUAUUUAGAACUUUGGGCACAAACUACGAGGAGAAGGUGUUGCCAUCAAUUAUCAAUGAAGUGUUGAAAUCGGUCGUUGCUCAGUUCAAUGCAUCACAGUUAAUCACUCAAAGAGAAAAGGUUUCAAGAUUAGUAAAGGAAAACUUGUUACGUCGUGCAUCCAAGUUUAACAUUUCUUUAGACGAUGUCUCCUUGACGUACAUGACAUUCUCGCCUGAAUUUAGUGCAGCUGUUGAGGCCAAACAAAUAGCUCAACAAGAUGCGCAAAGGGCUGCAUUUAUUGUCGACAAGGCAAUCCAAGAGAAACAACAGUUGGUUGUCAAGGCUCAGGGUGAAGCCAAGUCUGCUGAAUUGAUUGGUGAGGCUAUCAAAAAAUCUAAAGAUUAUGUGGAAUUGAAGAGAUUGGAUACAGCAAGAGAAAUUGCCAACAUCUUAGCCUCAUCUCCAAAUAGGAUCAUAUUGGACAAUGAUACAUUAUUGUUGAACACUGUUGCUGAUGGUCGUAACAAUAGAAAAUGA